AUGCGUCAUUCGCUUGACACACCACACCACCCACAGACAACGCCCAUUAUAUAUCUGCCGGAUCAUCCCAAACGCCCAGCUUCUAGUGACCAGGAGAAGGAUUCCUCGUGUCGUGUGAUGGCAGACCAUGUCUAUCUAGAUGGUCGCACCCUCGAAGGUGGUGGCCAACUGGUCCGCAAUGCGCUGGCUCUGUCGGCCUUGACCGGGCGACCGGUGACCAUCGAUCACGUCCGCGGCAGUCGGCAAGGGAAGCGGGGAUUGAAAGGAUCUCACGCAGCAGCGGUCAAGCUCCUGGCUGAGAUCAGCGGCAGCAAAGUUGUUGGCGGAGAAGUUGGCUCACAGUCCGUGACUUUCAUUCCCCCGUCAGCGUCGCCCACAAAGUCAGCACCGACAGGAGGGCGACCCGAACUCGCUUCUGUGGUCUCAUUAUCGGAUAUGUCGGUCCAGAAGGAAUACAAUAUCAACCUGCCCACCGCAGGAUCCGUAUUUCUCGUGUUCCAGGCGCUAUAUCCUUAUUUGCUCCACGUCGGACUCCGCGCGCCUGCAGAUUGCAUUAGAGUGAAUAUCACCGGCGGAACCAACUCGUCAUUUUCUCCGUCGUAUGACUAUGCAUCCCAAGUUAUGAUGCCGAACUUUGCGAGACUUAGACUUCCACAUCUAUCGAUGAAGUUAAACAAACGCGGCUGGUCGAGCGGACCCGUCGAUCUCGGCUCGGUCAGCUUUCGCAUUCAUCCUCUCACGGCCUCAGAAAACAUAGACCGGCCCCGAAGAAGUGAGCAGGAUUAUAGCUCCGUGAGUCGCUUCCGACCAAUUAAUCUUUUGAAUCACGAGCGAGGCAAAAUCACGCAGAUUGAUAUCACGAUUUUGGCACCGGAUAGUUUAAUACCCGGCACCUCGGAAGAGGAGGACGAGAUGCGCCCUUUCGAGAAGGCUCAUCACAAAAAAUCAUCGAACAAGUUCAAAAAGCGCAAAUGGAAGGACCGGGAUUCCUCCCACUAUCAAAGAGGCGAUGGCAUUUCAAAUCCAGUUGCUGGAGAUCCCCCGAGAACUAUCCGCAACUAUAUCGAAGACAUCACCAUCAGAGCAUUGCGCAAUGGAAUGGAGACACUCGAUCCGUCAAUAUUUGAAUCCAAUACGGAUGGCACCAAUCGAGAUCGACCCGUCCCUGUAACAAUCCAUACGUCAGAGGCAACCUUUCAUCGCAGCCACAAGUAUAUUCUGAUUGUGGCUCACACAUCCACGGGAUUCAGAAUCGGACAUGACACUCUCUAUGGCUUUGAUGGUACUCGUGGCGGUGGACAUGCAACAAAGGCAAAUAAAGAUCCAGGGGGCAAAAGAAAACAGGAUCACAGAGAAGUCUCUGCGGCCUCAGGUCUUGUCAACCAGUGUGUACGAGGAUUUGUAGAUGAAAUUUCAGGGGAAAACCACGGUUUCUUUGAAGAAGGGUUUGCGGGAAGGAGAAGUUGCCUAGACGUCCACAUGAGAGACCAGGUUGUUGUUUUUGAAGCUCUGGGUGAGCUUGCCAGGCAGGGAUUGGUCGAUGGACAAGAGGAAGGCCGGCUUGAAGAACAGGAGGAUGAGAGUCAUUGGUCACUGCACACUAAAACUGCGCGGUGGGUGUGUCGGCAAAUGCUGGGAGAGUCUGUUUUCAGAUGA